AUGUCCCGGGUGGCCUCUCCCAUCCCGCCCCCUGGGCCAAUCAGCUCUCAGUCUGAGCUCUUCCACCAGCACCCCCGCCUGGUGUUAGCUCCUCCAGCUGUUCAGGACAGAUUUGUCUGGACAAUAAGCUCAGCCGCUCCUUGUCUACAGAACAGAGAUCCAAAGAUGGCGCGUGUGGCUCUGGAGUCCCUAUACCGUCUGCUCUGGGUCUACAUGAUCCGGAUCAAGUGUGAGAGCAACACGGGAACACAGAGCCGGCUGACCUCCAUCACCUCCACGCUGUUCCCCAAGGGCAGCCGCAGCGUGGUCCCCCGGGACAUGCCUCUCAACAUCUUCGUCAAGAUCAUCCAGUUCAUCGCCCAGGAGAAGCUGGACUUUGCAAUGAAGGAGAUCAUCUUUGAUCUGCUGAGUGUUGGGAAGCCCGCCAAAGCCUUCAGUCUCAACCCAGAGCGUAUGAACAUCGGCCUGCGGGCCUUCCUGGUGAUCGCCGACGCCCUGCAGCAGAAGGACGGCGAGCCCCCCAUGCCCAACACGGGGGCCACGCUGCCCUCGGGGAACUCCCUGAAGAAGAAGAAGACCUACCUGAGCAAGACCCUCACCGAGGAGGAGGCCAAGCUCAUAGGCAUGUCGUUGUACUACUCCCAGGUGCGGAAGGCCUUGGACAGCAUCCUGAGACACCUGGACAAGGAGGUGGGCCGCUGCAUGAUGCUGACCAACGUCCAGAUGCUCAACAAGGAGCCCGAGGACAUGAUCACCGGGGAGAGGAAGCCCAAGAUCGAUCUGUUCCGGACCUGCGUGGCUGCUGUCCCCCGCAUCCUGCCCGACGGCAUGUCCAAACCCGAGCUCAUCGAUCUGCUCUCCCGGCUGACGGUCCACAUGGACGACGAGCUGCGCCUCAUCUCCCAGAGCUCUCUGCAGAGCCUGCUGCUGGACUUCUCCGACUGGAGGGAGGACGUGCUCUUCGGUUACACCCACUUCCUGCUGCGGGAGGUGCAGGACACUCAGCAGGGCCUGCAGGACGCCUCGGUCAAGCUGCUGCUCCAGCUGCUCACCCAGUGGCGGCUGGCCCUGCAGCUCCAGGGGAAGAGCCGUCGAGGGGCCGACGCCAGCCCCCGGCUGCCCGAUCGCAGCCCUCACGGCUCUGUCCUCCACGCCGUGGAGGGCCUGGCCCUGCUGCUGCUCUGCUCCUGUCAGAUCAGCACCAGGAAGCUGGCCGUGGGCGUGCUGCGGGAAAUACGCUGCCUGUUCACCGCCCUGGGCCGCGCUGAGGACGAUGACAAACCCAUGAUAGACAUCAUGGACCAGCUCAGCCCGGCCGUCAUGGAGAGCUUCGUCCACGUGGCCGUGUCCGACUCGGCCACCCUGCCCCUCAGCCACACGGUGGACCUGCAGUGGCUGGUGGAGUGGACGGCCCGGCUGGUCAGCAGCAGCUACGACGUCAAGAGCCCCAGCCACGUGUGGAUCUUCGCCCAGUGCGUGAAGGACCCCUGGGUGCUCUGCCUGCACAGCUUCCUGCGCCAGGAGCACCUGCCCAAGCACUGCCCCGUCGCCCUGGGUUACGCCUGGCCCUACGCCUUCACCCGCCUGCAGCUGCUGCUCCCGCUGGUGGACCCCAACAGUCCGGUGAACGCCAAGAAGACGAGCACGGCGGGCUCCAGCGAGAGCUACACGCCGCUGUGGAGGAACUACCUGAUCCUGUGUCUGGGCGUGGCCAAGCCCAGCAUCAUGUCCCCCGGACACCUGCGCGCCUCCACCCCCGAGAUCACCGCCACCACGCCCGACGGCAGCGUGGCCUACGACAACAAGGUGAUAGGCACGCCCUCGGUGGCCUGGUUGUUGAAGCAGCUGGUGCCGCUGAUGAGGGCCGAGAGCCUGGAGAUCACAGAGUCCCUGGUGCUGGGGUUCGGACGCACCAACGCCCUGGUGUUCAGGGAGUUAGUGGAAGAACUCCAUCCAUUGAUGAAAGAAGCCCUUGAACGAAGGCCAGAGAAUAAGAAACGGCGGGAGAGGAGAGACCAGCUCCGGCUGCAGCUGCUGCGCAUUUUUGAACUGCUGGCCGACGCGGGAGUGAUCAGCGACAGCACCAACGGGGCCCUGGAGCGCGACUCCCUGGCGCUGGGGGCCCUCUUCCUGGAGUACGUGGACCUGACCCGCAUGCUGCUGGAGGCGGAGAACGAGAAGGAGCUGGACGUCCUGAAGGACAUCCGGGCCCACUUCAGCGGCAUGGUGGCCAACCUCAUCCAGUGUGUCCCUGUCCACCACAGACGCUUCCUCUUCCCCCAGCAGUCUCUGAGGCACCACCUGUUCAUCCUCUUCAGCCAAUGGGCCGGCCCCUUCAGCAUCAUGUUCACGCCCCUGGAUCGCUAUAGCGACCGCAACCACCAGAUCACACGCUACCAAUACUGUGCUCUGAAGGCCAUGUCGGCCGUGCUCUGCUGCGGGCCCGUCUUCGACAACGUGGGCCUGUCCAACGACGGCUACCUGUACAAGUGGCUGGACAACAUCCUGGCCUGCCACGACCUCCGGGUUCACCGGCUGGGCUGCGAGGUGGUCAUCCUGCUAUUAGAGCUGAACCCAGACCAGGUGAACCUGUUCAACUGGGCGGUGGACCGCUGCUUCACCGGGUCCUACCAGCUGGCCUCCGGCUGCUUCAAGGCCAUCGCCACCGUGUGCGGGAACAGGAAUUACCCAUGUGACCUCAUUACCUUGCUCAACCUGGUGUUGUUCAAGGCCUCCGACACCAGCAGGGAAAUCUAUGAGAUCUCAAUGCAGUUGAUGCAGGUGCUGGAGUCCAAGCUGUGUGUGUACUCCAAGCGGAUGGUGGAGCAGAAGCCCGGUAACAUCCUGUACGGGACGCACGGCCCGCUGCCCCCGCUGUACAGCGUCAACCUGGCCCAGCUGUCCCACCAGCUGGCCAGCAUGUACCCCGAGCUCACCCUGCCGCUGUUCUCAGAGGUCAGCCAGAGGUUCCCCACCACCCAUCCCAACGGCCGGCAGACCAUGCUGUCCUACCUGCUGCCCUGGCUGAGCAACAUGGAGCUGCUGGACACGGGCCUGCUGCCCCCCGCCUCCAGCCCCUGCACCCCCGACGAGGAGCAGCGCACCCGGGCCCACGUCCUGGGGCUGUCCCCCUGUCUGCGGGGCAACGGCUGGGGCUCGCUGCAGGCCACGUCGCUGGUGCUCAACAACCUCAUGUUCAUGACCGCCAAGUACGGAGACGAGGUCCCCGGUCCCGAGAUGGAGAACGCGUGGAACGCGCUGGUGUCCAACGAGCGCUGGAGCAACAACGUGCGCGUGGCGCUGCAGUUCCUCAUCAGCCUGUGCGGCGUGAGCAGCGACACCACCCUGCUGCCCUACAUCAAAAAGGUGGUGGUGUACCUGUGCCGUAACAACACCAUCCAGACGAUGGAGGAGCUGCUGUUUGAGCUGCAGCAGACGGAGCCCGUCAACCCCGUGGUCCUCCACUGCGACAACCCGCCCUUCUACCGCUUCGCCGCCAGCAACAAGGGCUCCGUCUCCCACACAGGCACGGCCUCCAGCUGUAACACGGUGGUGGUGGGGCAGGAGAACUUCCCCGACGCCGAUGAGACCAAGCUGGCCAGGGAGAGCGAAGAAAGGGCCAGGGCUCACAAUCGCCUGGAGUCGCGCUACAGCAACAGCUCUGGAGGAUCCUACGAGGACGAGAAGACGGACCUCCUCCCUCCGUACGCUGGUUGGGUGCUGAGCGUCCUGGAGACCAAUCGGCCGAAGCCGCUGCCCAUGCCCGUCAACGGAGGCUGCUGGGCCCCGCUGGUCGACUACCUACCAGAGACCAUCACCCCCCGCGGGCCUCUGCACAGGUGUAACAUAGCUGUGAUCUUCAUGACGGAGAUGGUGGUGGACCACAGUGUCAGAGAGGACUGGGCCCUACACCUGCCACUGCUGCUGCACGCUCUCUUCCUGGGUCUGGACCACUACCGGGUAGAGGUGUUUGAACACAGCAAGCGUCUUCUGCUACACCUCCUCAUCGCCCUGUCCUGCAACAACAACUUCCAGGUCAUAGCCUCAGUGCUGAUGCUCACCAGGGAGAUCAGUGACAACAAGACCCUUACAGUCAAGUCCAGCUACCACGGGGAUUACCAGGCCUCGAGCACCCCAGACUUCCUGCGGGAGUGGCAGUCGUCCCCGGCGGCGGACUCGGGGCUGUGCUCCACCUCCCACUCGUCCUCGGCCAGCCUGGCGGGCGGCAGCAGCACGGGGGGCAGCGUGGGCCACCUGCCCCUGGUCACCCCCGACGACCUGGACGACCUGGACGAGCACCCCACCGAGACGGACGAGAAGACCAACAAGCUCAUCGAGUUCCUCGCCACCAGGUACGCCGCCGCACGCACGCACACACACACACGCACACUGGCACACAUGCACUCACAAACAUACAUACACACGCACAAACACACACACAUGCACACGCACACAUAUAACAGUGUUGUCGUGGUGACGGUGGAGUGUGUGUACCAGUAUAACAGUGUUGUCGUGGUGACGGUGGUGACGGUGGAGUGUGUGUACCAGUAUAACAGUGUUGUCGUGGUGACGGUGGAGUGUGUGUACCAGUAUAACAGUGUUGUCGUGAACGCCCACGCCGUCUCCGACCUGCUGUCGCGCCUCGUCGAGGUGGUGGGCGAGCACGGAGACGAAGUGCAGGGCUAUGUAAUGGAGGUGCUGUUGACUCUGGAGUCGGUCGUGGUGAACCUCGCUGAGUGUCUGAAGAACAGUGACCUCAUGGCGGCUCUCACCAGGACUUCCUCCCCGGAGUUCCUGCCCAACGACAAGCUGAUGAACAGGAAGAGCACGGGCAUGCUCAACUUCCCGGGGCCGGGCUUCAUGGGCCUGUCGUCGCAGCGCCACCAGCGCUCGUACUCCGUGCCCAAGAAGUUCGGGGACAGCGCGCACCGCCCCAACGACCCGCCGCGCAGCGCCACGCUGGACCGCAUCCAGGCUUGCAGCACUCACGGCCUGGCCAGACCAGGAAGAACCCCCGGCUCCUGCACCUCCUCGACCAAUCGCAUCGACCCCAGCGUGCUGUCUGACCCCGCCCACGUCUCCCACCCCUCCUCCAUAUUGGCCACAGUGUUCUGGGUCGCCGUGUCGCUCAUGGAGUCCGACUUUGAGUUUGAGUAUCAGAUGUCGCUCCGCCUGGUCCACAAACUCCUGUCCAAGGUUCCCCUGGACCGGGCGGAGAACCGGGAGCGGCUGGAGAAGCUGCAGGCCCAGCUGAGGUGGAGCGGCUUCUCGGGGCUGCAGCAGCUGCUGCUGAAGGGCUUCACCUCGCAGGCCACCUUCGACCAGACGCUGCAGCUCUUCUGCCAGCUCACCCCCGUGUCCCGCGUGCCCGUGGUGGACACCUCCCAGGCCAUCGGGUUCCCCCUCAACGUGCUGUGUCUGCUGCCCCACCUGGUGCAGCACUUCGGCCACCCCAGCCAGUUCUGUAAGGAGAGCGCAGAGCGCAUCGCCCAGGUAUGUCUGGUGGAGAAGCACACCAAGCUGUCCCACCUGGCCCACGUGAUGACGCUGUACAAGACGCGCUCGUACACGCGGGACCCCUUCUCCUGGCUCAGCGUGGUGUGCCGGUACCUGCAUGAGGCCUUCGCCAGCGUCACGCUCAACAUGGUCACCUACAUGGCCGAGCUUCUGGAUAAGGGUUUACCCAGCAUGCAGCAGUCGCUGCUCCAGAUCAUCUACUGUCUGCUGAGUCACAUGGACCUGACGGCCGUCCAAGUGAAGCAGUUCAACGCCGACGUCCUCAAGACCAUCGAGAAAUUCGUCCAGACGGUGCACUGGAAGGACGCGCUGAACAUCCUGAAGCUGGUGGUGUCCCGCUCGGCCAGCCUGGUGCACCCCUCCUACGGCCAGAACCAGGGGGACCUGUCCAACCUAGAGGUCAGCCGUGUGUGGGACGGCUCGGCCAAGGCCCUGCCCGGCAAGACCCUGGACUUCACCUUCGACAUCUCUGAGACGCCGGUGAUUGGCCGGCGCUUCGACGGGCUGCAGGGGUCGGGCGGCCGGGAGGGGAAGACCCGGGCCAUGGCGGUGACCCGAAGCACCUCCUCCACCUCCUCCGGCUCCAACUCCACCAACGUCCUGGUGCCCGUCAGCUGGAGGCGGCCGCAGUCCUCCCAGAAGAGAACCAGAGAGAAGCUGGUUAACGUUCUGUCUCUCUGUGGACAAGAAGUCGGACUGACCAAGAACCCGUCUGUGAUCUUCUCGUCGUGCGGAGACCUGGACCUGAUGGAGGUCCGGGAGAGCGGAGUGUCCUCGGAGGAGGGCGGGACCCGGGACGACACGCUGGACGACACGGCCAGCGAACAGCAGUUCAGGGUCUUCAGGGACUUCGACUUCCUGGACGUGGAGCUGGAGGACGGCGAGGGCGAGAGCAUGGACAACUUCAACUGGGGCGUGAGGCGGCGGUCCCUGGACAGCACGGAGCUGGGCGACCUGCUGGAGGAGAGCCAGCACUCGGGCAGCACGCCCAGCCUGGGCCACGAGGACGCCCACGACUCGGACGAGUCCUCGGAGGAGGAGGAGUCGUCCACCAGCCAGAGCCUCUCGCACUCCCAGCUCACCAACCCGUCCCCGUCGGAGGAGACCAACCCGACGGACUCCUUCCUGUCCACGCUGUCCACGUCCUACGACACGUCGGCCGGCCCACAGUCCUUCAGCGCCACCACGCCGGGCCAGGCGGGGGCCCGCUACGACCUCGGCGGCCUGCAGGGCGGGGUGUGCGGGGAGGACGAGGACACCCAGGGCCACGACGACGACCUGUCGCUGAGCAACAACGAGCUGCCCCAGGGCUCGGACUGCGGGGAGAGCUUCACCCUGGAGCUCACGGGCUCCCAGUCCCUGGACCUGCUGCAGGCCAGCCCCCUCUACUGCCAGCCCCCGCUGGGCUUCCUGGACCCCAACUGCCUGCCCAGCCUCCGCGACGACGCGGACGACCUGGAGGACUUGGGGUUUCCCCCGCCCCCCUCCCCCUUCUUCUCGGCCAUCCUGGCCGCCUUCCAGCCGAUGGUGUGUGACGACGCAGAGGAGGCCUGGCGUUGCCACGUCAACCAGCUGGUGACGGACUCGGACGGCUCCUGCGCCGUCUACACCUUCCACGUCUUCUCCUCGCUCUUCCAGAACAUCCAGGGGAAGUUCUGCACGCUGACCACGGACGCAGCCACCUACCUGGGGGAGGGGCUGCGGGGGAUCGGCUCCAAGUUCCUCCGCUCCUCCCAGAUGCUGACCACCUGCUCGGACUGCCCCACCAUCUACAUCGACGCCGACACGAUCAUGUCCUACGGGCUGCUGGAGAAGAUGAAGUUCAGCGCCCUGGAGCUGCAGGAGUACCUGGACACCUACAACAGCCGGGAAGAGGCGGCCGUCAUGUGGUUGAGGAACUGUAGGGACACAUUUCCCAGAUGCUCCGGCGACAGUGUGGUCACCUGCCAGCCUGGCGAAUCAGAGGAAAAGCAAAUGGAAUCUCUUGCACAAUUGGAGCUGUGCCAGCGCCUUUAUAAGCUCCACUUCCAGCUGCUGCUGCUCUUUCAGUCGUACUGCAAGCUGAUUGGCCAGGUCCACGCCGUCAGCUCAGUCCCUGAGCUGCUCAACAUGUCCCGCGAGCUGAGCGACCUGAAGACCAGCCUGCAGGCGGCCGAGGCGGCGGUGGCCAGCGACCUGGAGCUCACGCACCUGGCCCACGGCCACGCCAUCGCCCACGGCCACGGCCACGGCCACGCCCUCACCACCCAGGCGGCCGCCCCGCCCGUGCCCAGCUUCCAGAGCUCGGAGGCGGCCGUGCAGGCCAUCCUAGAGUGCCUGAAGAACCAGGAGUUCACCAAAGCCGUCCGCUACAUUCAGGAGAGCAGGAGGCAGUGGCCUGGUGGCGUGUUCGGCGGCGGCUCGGAGAGCGAGGUGCAGACGCUGCUCAACGCCUUCUUCCGGCACCAGACGCUGGGCCAGACGGGCACCAUCGCGCUGGUGGGCUCGCGCCAGGACCUCAGCCUCAUCUGCUCCAAGCUGCUGGAGCUCAACGGGGAGAUCCGCGAGAUGAUCCGCCGCGCCCAGGACUACCGCGUGGUCACCACCUACCUCCCCGACUCCAGCGCCUCCGGGACCAGCCUCUGACAGGAGGUGUUGAGUCCCCCCUCCUCCCCCUCCCCUCCUCCUCCCCCUCUCUCCCCUCCCUCCCCUCCUCCUCCCGCUCUCUCCCCUCCUCCUCCCGCUCUCUCCCCUCCUCCUCCCGCUCUCUCCCCUCCUCCUCCCCCUCUCUCCCCUCCCUCCCCUCCUCCUCCUCCUCCCCCCUCCCCUCCUCCCUCCCCUCCUCCUCCCCCUCUCUCCCCUCCGUCUCCCCCCCGGACGGAGCCCACCUCGCCGCCGCUACACAACCCCUUCUACGCCAUCUUCUCCGCCGCCCUCCCCCAGCUCCUCCCCCCGCACCCCCGGUGGACGGCGGGGGCCCGGGGCCUCCCCCCCCCCGUGCGUCCGCCGCCUCCCCGGCGGGGCCCCCAGCCGGGCCCCGCCUUGCACCCCAAACCGCCCCCGCGCUAGCGCCGGCUCAGCCGCGGCACGCCGCCGCCGUCGCCUUCCCCGAGCCUCCAGACCUCUUCUCCCCCGCCGCGGCGGGACCGGGCCGGCCCCGCCCCCCCCCCUCGGCCCCCCUCACGCCGACGCGCCCCCAGUAUUACGUCAGCGGGGGGUGCGGCGAGCCGCUGCUCCGGCCUCCGCGAGGACGGUCCUCGCCCGGCCGCCAGAGGCCCCCGGCGGCGGCGGCGGCGGCGGCGGCGGCGGCGGCGCUCCUCACCGUGACUUCAGCACCGGUCCGGGGGGCACGCGCCCACCCGCCCGGCGCCCCCGCUGUCCCCGGCCCGGCCUCCCACCUCCCUCUGCUCCCGUUCCCCCAUCGCGACGCACGUGACCCGCCCCCCGUCCCGGCCCGGGAUGGCGGGGCGGUCCAGACCCGGCCUCCCGCACCCUCCCUCCUCCUCCUCCUCCCCCUCGGCCCCCCGCCGACGUCGCCCCGCCCCCCAGCCCCGGGAGACGCCGGCGGGUGGGGGUGCUGCGGCUGCGUGGAGCCCCCCGACGCACCCUUGUCCCGCUACCUGGGCAAGGUGGGCCGGGCGGCCCUGCCCCUGCUGGGGGCCGCGGGGCUGCGGAACCCCCACCCGUCGGACGUUGAAACCUAAGAAGCCUGUGACGGCGGGCGCUCUGCGACACCAGUGGACCUACAGACCUGACGUAUGUGAUGGUCCCACGCUGACCAGGAGACGAUGACCUAUCUGGGGAAACUGCCAUGCUGCAGGCAGACCCGGGACGCACAGACUCGUUUUUUCGUUUAUUAAUUUUUUAGUGGUGGUGAAGUCGGAGCCUAAAGGGGACGUGAUGACCCGGACCUGCUGAGAAGGGUGACCUGACGGGAUCCUGGACUGGGAGCGAGCUCCUCCGCUCUCCCCGAUGCAUAUCAAAAGGCUCGUGUAGUCUCUGUUGAAGGUCGUCACUCACUGUGGAACCUGCUUCCUGCUCUGAUAAAGGAACACACACCCCUGGAUCUCUUCCCCACGGGGGGGAAACAGAACUCUUGUCCCGGGGUUGGCUGCCACCACCACAAACUGAAUGACGCACACGUGGGGCUUUGGUGAAGCAGAGCCAACCACGGCAGGACGGGGCCAGUGGGAGAACGUUGUGUCCCUAUUGCACUAAACGGAGGGUCGUUAUGGUUUUACGAAAGAGGAAGCAGGUCGCUGAUUCAGGGCGCGUCUCCGUGUACGAUUUGCUGCUGUGACAACGGGCCGACCCCACCUUGAAGGGGAGGCCACACGCUGGACUUGUUUGUGUCAACUGCUGGAGAGAGAGAGAGAGAGAGAAAAAAAAGAUGUGCAAUGCAUGACCUAGUUGAAUGCUCCUCACUGAAAGACACUGCCUUGAGCCGUUUUAAAGGGGUGCUGUGUACGAUAGUGUUCUGUAUUUAAAAAUGAACGGAAAAAACGGUUUGCUUCAAAAUAUGUCAACAGAAAAGGUGUUCCACAUGCAGAGAGGAUACGAUCAAUAACUUUAAUCAAUGGAAAUAAAACCGCCGCUGGACCGUGUUUGAGCCUAUAUUGUCAAAGUCGUGGUAACACUCUAGAAUACCCGUUUGGAUUGAGAAUAGUAUUUAAAUUUAGACGUUGUGUACUCGCCUUGUAAACACGUGUCAAGUAAAUCAAAGUAGAAAUACUCGCUAGCAAGCCGUAAAUGUGUUCCGAUUCAACAAGAGGAUUAGCGUUCAAGCCUCGCUGGGAAAUGUAGUUUAAUUGUAACGCUGUGUGAUCCCCUUCUAUACGUCUGGAGACGCACACACAAACACUAGCUAAUACUUGCACAGUGCUCCUUUAAAUCCGGAGGACUAUCUCUUGACUGAAACACAGAGUUGACCGAGCAGGCGAAGGCGAUUCGAAGUGUAGUUCUCUUCAAGCUGCUCUCGUGCUGUUUAUUAGUCCUCCAUUAGGCUGGUGUAAUCGGUGUGAUCUUAAAACUACUGUCGUUAGGCGCCCGGCUACACAGGUGUGUCCUGCUGUACUGUGAUCCGCGUGCACUCUGGCUAGUCCUAGCGUUAUCCUUAGUAAGUUUACAGUACACUGUAUAGCCCUCACUGUCCUACACUGUACACAAAGACCCCGUUUGAACAGACACUGUUCACUGUUACUCUCGUCACCCGUGGUGCGUUCAUGUCCAUGACGAUGGCCGCUGUCGGGGCCGUCGUUAUCCGUAGCAUUUGUUUGUGGGCGCAGCAGAGGGGUACCGGCCCGCCAUGAAAGGGGGCAACUGACGCUCGGCACUCGCGUUCAAAGAAAAACUAGUCGUGCUUCUUCGCUGAGAACGUGUUAUCGUGAUCCCUCGUUUACUGCUUGUACAAAAUGUCUCUUUGCCCAUUUAUACCCGAUCUGCCACUCGAUUCAAGUUUUUCUAUUUGCAUUCACUGUUCCGACUCAAUGUUAACUGCCAUGCAUGCGUCCACCGUGUACUGUAUGAAGUGUUUGGUAUAUUUAUAGAGUUGUUUUAUCUGAAAGAUGUUUUUGUAUGAGGUGCAAAAGGAGGGCUUUAAGCCCACGUGGGUGAAUUUGUGUGCAUGCCGAACCAGACAGACCGUGCACAUUUUUAAUGCUUUUUAGAGUAAUGUUUUUCUUUCCCCUCACCUUGUAAAUACUUUUACAGCCUUUUGAAAGUUCAGCUGCCAUGUACAAGGCUGUUUCAAAGUAAAGAUAUGUCAAAAUAAAUCUGUUGAGUUUUA